AUGCUAUACGUGACCAGAACACUAGAUGACUAUAUUGCUUUUUUAAUGUAUGAACUUGCUUCAUCGAUAUUUCAGAAUUACUUCAACAUUGAGAUAGUAAAUCAAUUCUCCUUGUUUCUUUCUGGGGUUUCGUCGAGAUCUGUUUUCGUUCCUCUUUUAAUCUAUAGCCCCAGGUCAAUGGACUUAAACUCAGUAAGUUGCCUUGCUAAUAGCAUUUCUCGAUUUAUUCACCUGGUAACAUGUCGAAUAUCAAAGAGUAUGCCUAUGGAGAAGGAUUACAGAAAUAUAGCUUCUUUCUUGAAGCAUUUGAAACCACUACUUGAUAAUGUCGCUGAUCAUAAGGCGCCUCUAGAUGAAAUUUUGUGUAAAGAGUGUGAAGAAUUGGAUGCAGCUGUCAAUGAGGCUAGAGAAUUCCUUGAGAAAUGGUCUCCGAGGAUGAGCAAGAUUCUUUGCGUUCUGCAAAGCAAGCCCUUUAUCCUGAAAAUCCAGAUAUCCUCAGUGAAGAUAUCUUCCAUUUUAUGUGAACUAGUUGAAUUACCGUCUACUUCGAGUCUAUCUGAUGCUCAGUUCUGUAAGCAGGAAUCUCAAAAUCUGAAGCUAGACAAAGUAUCAGAACUCAUAGAAGAGAUUCUUAGAAACCAAAAUGAAGGGAUAACUCCUCGUGCUGAUUAUCUCAUGUCAAUAGUUAAGACCCUCAACUUGACCUCAAAUCAGGAACUCUUCAGUGAGUUUAUUGCAUUGGAAAAGGAGAGAAUGAAAGCUGAAGAAAAUCAAACAAAAGGGGAUUUGAAUCAAAUAUCUCGUACCAUGAAGUCUAUGUCUCACAUUCGUGAUUGUGUGGUUAAGCUCGAGAACUUUGAGGCCAUGAACAACAUUCGGAUCCCCUCAUAUUUCCGCUGUCCUUUAUCUUUGGAAAUCAUGCUGGAUCCAGUUAUUGUUGCUUCUGGGCAAACCUACGAGCGGGCUUCCAUACAAAAAUGGCUAGAUCAUGGAUUAAAAACUUGUCCCAAAACUGGUCAAAAACUCUCACACAGCAAUCUUAUCCCCAAUUAUACAGUUAAAGCUCUUGUAGCAAAUUGGUGUGAGGAAAACAAAAUAAAUGUCUCGAACAACCCUGGGGGUGCUGAUAUUGUCGCUGUUCAAUCUCAGCCUGAACAUAUCAAUCAUGAAGAUGAUCUCCAAUGUUCUUUACAAAGGAUAAAUUCAACAUCAAGAUCCUCUUUUGAAAUCAGACAUGGCUUUGAGAAGCUGAAGGUUGAUGGUGCUUCUGGACUCAAGGAUGAAAGAUUUGGUGUUUCGGGGGACAAGACGGCUGAAAAGUUUGACCACUCAUCCCCCGAACAUUCAUAUGUACACAGUAGGAGCGAAUCAGCAUCAAGUGCUGUUUCCAGCAUUGAUUAUCUCCCUGUAGCAUCUACUGAUACCUCAAGGAUAUCAAGUAAGCAGGAUGAUAUGAGUGACAGAUCAAGGGAUAUAUGUCUCACACCUACAUCAAAUCGAAAUUCUGGGGUUUCUCUUUCUUUAUCUGCAAAACUGUAUCACAGCUCAAAAACAAUGUCCGAAAUGGUGGUGAAUGGAAAACACAACCCCUCUAGAGUACACUCAUUUUCAUCUGAAUCGGGUUCUAAUGCUUCGACUUCUACUUUCCAUGUUGAAAAACUCAUUAAAGAGUUGAAGAGUGAAUCGACCGAAGUACAGACAGCUGCUGCAGAAGAAUUGAGGUUUCUUGCUAAGCAUGACAAUGAGAACCGUGUUGUUAUAGGCUGCAGCGGGGCCAUUGCUCCAUUAAUAUCACUGUUGCACUCAGAUGUGAAGCUAACCCAAGAGCAUGCGGUCACUGCGCUUUUGAACUUAUCAAUUAAUGAAAAGAUCAAGGUUAUGAUUGCAGAAGAAGGCGCAAUUGAACCCCUUAUCCAUGUUUUGAGAACUGGAAAUGCUGGAGCCAAGGAAAAUGCUGCAGCUGCUCUUUUCAGUCUCUCUCUUCUGGAUGAGUGCAGGAUAAAAAUUGGCCGAUCGGGGGCAGUUAAAGCAUUGGUUAAUCUUUUAGGAUCUGGUACACUGAGAGGGAAGAAAGACGCUGCAACUGCCCUAUUUAACCUAUCUAUCUUUCAUGAGAAUAAGGCUCGUAUAGUUCAGGCAGGAGCAGUAAAAUAUCUGGUUGGGUUGAUGGCUCCUGAAACAGAAAUGGUUGAUAAAGCUGUGGCUCUUCUUUCAAAUUUGUCUACUAUCAAAGAAGGAUGCUCAGCUAUUGCUCGAGAAGGGGGUAUACCAUUACUGGUUGAAAUUGUUGACAUGGGAUCUCAACGAGGAAAGGAAAAUGCUGCCUCAAUACUUCUACAACUGUGCAUUAAUAGUUCUAGCUGUUGUCGGAGUGUUCUACAAGAAGGAGCUGUCCCACCUCUUGUCGCAUUGUCUCAAUCUGGCUCUCCAAGAGCAAAGGAGAAGGCACAACAGCUUCUUAGUCACUUCCGCAACCAGCGUGAGAGUACUGCGGUGAGAGGGAGGCCGUGA